AUGGACAAUGGCGACCCUCUUGAGCCUGAGACAAAAGAUGAGACUGACACCAUGUCGGCACGGCAGAGCAGUGAGGAAACACUCUACUGUGAGGCAGAAGCCCCUGUGGCUGUCGAAAAAGAGAAACCAGCCCGGGAGAGCUCAGAAACAGACCUUGAGAUCGAAGAUACGGAGAAAUUUUUCACCACCAGACAAAGGGAGCUGUACCUGGAGGCCUGCAGACUUGUGGGCGUAGUGCCCGUCUCCUACUUCAUCCGGAACAUGGAGGAGUCCUAUGUGAACCUCAACCACCGUGGGCUGGGCCCCAGGGGUACCAAGGCUAUUGCUAUAGCCCUGGUGUCCAACACGUCUGUUCUCACGCUGGAGCUGGCAGACAAUAGUAUCACGGAGGAGGGCAUCUUGAGCCUGGUGGAGAUGCUACAGGAGAACUACUACCUGCAGGAGAUGAAUAUUUCCGACAAUGAUCUUGGUUUGGAGGGGGCCAGAAUCCUCUGUGAGUUCCUCCAGAAUAACACCUCUUCGCUCUUUAGUCUUCAGCUUUCAGGAAAUAACUUCAAGGAAGAAGCCGCAGAGCUGUUUUGCCAAGCCCUAUCGACCAAUUACAGAAUUAAGUCGCUGGAUCUCAGUCACAACCAGUUCUCUGAUAAGGCAGGAGAGUACCUGGGGCAGAUGCUGGCCCUCAACGUGGGGCUCCAGUCGCUGGACCUGAGCUGGAACCACCUCUACAUCCAGGGGGUGGUGGCCUUGUGCAGCGGUCUCCGGGCUAACGUGUCCCUGAAGAAACUGGAUCUCUCCAUGAACAGCUUUGGGAACGAGGGGGCUGCAGCCUUAGGGGAGGUCCUCAGACUCAACAACUCCCUGGCCUACCUAGACCUCAGCAGCAACAACAUCAACAAUGAAGGGCUGUCCAAAAUCAGCAAAGGAUUGGAGAUGAAUGAAAGCCUCAAAGUUCUGAAGCUUUACCUGAACCCUCUAAGUAUGGAUGGGGCUGUGUUACUUAUCCUGUCCAUCAAGAGGAACCCCAAAUCCAAGAUGGAGGACAUUGACAUUUCCAAUGUGCUGGUGUCAGAGCAGUUUGUGAAAAUAUUGGAUGGGGUGUGUGCCAUCCACCCCCAGCUGGACGUGAUGUACAAAGCAGUGCAAGGCCUCUCUAACAAGAAAAACCUCUUCAUGUGGACGAACCCUGUGAAACUGAUCCAGAGCUAUGCAGACCAGCACAAAAUCUCAGUCCUGGACUUCUUCAGGAGCUUGAACCCUCGUGGAGGGACGACAAUGCCUGUGGGCGAGUUCCGGAAAGCUAUGAUACAGCAGAACAAGGUCCCCAUAAACCGGUACCAAGUCAGGGAGCUGAUAAAGAAGCUGGGUGAGAAGACAGAUAUGGUGGACUUCAGGGUCGCUGCGAACGCGGUCGUCACCAGGGACUCGGAGGGGCUCGGCGCCAUGCCCGGCUGCGAGGAUGCACUCCCGACGCCGACCCUGCCCUUUUCCACGGCGACCUUCAGCCAUGAGCUCUACAUCUUUCACCGCUGA